GUUGUCAGCAGAAACAAACUGUGGGUGAAACAGAUUAAUAUCAGGUUUUCCGUUUCUGUUUCUUAGAAACUGCGAUGCAAUAACGUGAGGAUGUGGAGCCUUCGUAACAGGUUCUUUACCCUGUGCAUCGCUCUGAGCUGUGUGAGCAGUGCAGCAGGGGUGAUCCGUGUAUAUGGAUAUGAGAGGGGACAAGUUCAAGUUUCUUGUCCCUAUGGCUCUGGUUAUGAGUCCUAUGAGAAGUACCUGUGCAAGGAUCCCUGCGGCUACGAUGAAGUUCUUAUUAAGACGACAGAACCUGAUAAGAACAAAUACUCCAAACACGAUGACCAUCAGCAACGAGUCUUCACAGCGACUAUCAAUAAUCUGACUUUUGCCGACACAGGAAAAUACUGGUGUGGCAUCACAAAAAGAGGAACAGAUAUCUUCACUGAAGUAGAACUGGAAGUAGUUCGAGAUAGCUGUUGUGACGAAUCCAACAAAGUCCAAAGUUAUGAGGACAGUUCAGUGUCCAUCAGUUGUCCGUAUGACCCUCCGCACCAGGACAGUCUGAAGUACAUCUGCAGAGGAAAACAGCCGUCCACAUGCCUGAAUGGGGCAAUAAUCACCUCAAACCACAAACAAACCGGACAGCUGAGACUUACUGAUGACAAGAUGUUGAGGAUAUUCACAGUAACCAUGACCGGUCUGACCCAAAGCCAAUCCGGGUCGUACCUUUGCGGUGUCAAUGGAAGCACUGGCCUGGAUGUUUUCUCUGCUUUUGAGCUGGAAGUGAAAGAGUGGUGCUGCGUGAGGUCAACCAAACAGAGCGGCGUCGUGGGACAGACAGUAACGAUGAAGUGUCCGUACCCACCGAACCACCGGAAUAACAGCAAGUUCCUCUGUAAGGGAGAACGACGCAAGGAAUGCACAGACAUGACAAGUCAAAGGCGGUUUACUCUGCGAGAAGAUAUUUCUUCCAGCUCCUUCUCGGUAACAAUCACAGAGUUGAAAGGAGAGGAAGCUGGGACAUACUGGUGUGGUUCAGACUCACAGUGGAGUCCCGGAGACUACACCAACAUUCAACUGUCAGCAGUCAAUCCGAAGAGAACCAGCACUCGGAUCCCUACUACUGUCACCAAGCUGGAACCUACCAGCCCACAAGCACAAGUUAUCCCUGGAAAACCGUUUGAAGUGAGUUCUCUCUCUGGUGUUUUCAUCGCGCUGCCCGUGCUGCUCACGCUGACAAUCGUCAUUACUAGUGUCAUAGUUUGUAAAUACAAAUGUUUCAAAGUGCAAGGAGCCGACAUGAACGGAAAUAAAACCAAAGCAGACGAAGUUGUGGAAACGAUCGAAGAAAAUGUUUAUAGACGCAAAGACUCAGCUUCCCCAAGGCAGCCUCCCCCCGGCCAGCUCUAUGAUGACGCAGGAGAAAACGAACAAGAGUCUGUGUACCAAAACUACGCAUCAACAGAGGAUAUCUACUGCAAUCAAAAUUACAUUAGAGCCUUACAAGAUGAACACCGUCUGUAGGCAAUCUUACAUUUUGGGGUAAACAUUUAUCCCAAUGAUUCCAUCUGUGAUCUGACCAACACAUUUUGCAUUUUACUGCUGUGGUCCAACCGCUUCAACGUCUGACUGAAAACUUCAGUGCUAUAAUUAUUUUAUGCCUUUUGUUUUAUUAUCACCCAGUACUGUAACAAAUGCCUCAUUAAUUGCCUUAACUUUGGUUUUUAAAUUUUAUUUUACACUUGAUUGCUCAUUCUUUUAUACCACAAACUGUUCAACUUACUUGCGAUGCUUUUAAGAUAUUGUGGAUCAGCUCAGUACCCUUCAUGUAAGUUGUCACCUUUUGGGUUCACGUCUUGUUUUAUUUUGUAGUUUCAUGCCUCUGGUGCUCCUGGGUUAACUUCACUUCCUGCCUUGUCCUGUCAUCCCUUGUGAUUGUCUGCCGUGUCCAUGAUUGUUUCCACCUGUGUCAAUCACCUGCACCUUCCCAGUGUAUUUAAGCCAUGAAAAUCUUGAAUGUUUACUCUGAACCUCGUCCCUGUGUCGUGUAGGUCCCUGUGCCCCGUCUACAUUUUUCCGAGUCUUUGUUUUUUUCCCCCAUGAUGUUUGGGUUUUUGGAUUUAAUAAAGUAGUUUUCGUUUGAAACUCUA